GUUUUAGUUGCGGAACCAAACACAUCCUAAGUAUAGGUGUCGUUUUAUCAAUGGCUUGCACAUUUUCAUCGAUUCGUCUCUUCAACCCCUCCGGUUCGCACCUCGCUUACUCAACCACCAAGUCUAGUGUCGCUGUUCCGCAUUUAUUUCAAGCGACCUCUUUCUCGAACCGGGCGAGUCGACUCACCUCUUACUCAAUGAGUCAACCCGUCGCCGAAACCGAUUCGAGCACUCUCUCCACGCCUAACGACGCGCCGUCAUCGUAUUCAAACGCCGAUGUUUUGGUCCAGUACGUUGUCCUCCGGCGAGACCUGAUCGAUACUUGGCCAUUAGGAAGUGUUGUUACUCAAGGUUGCCACGCUUCUGUUUCCGCUAUUUGGUCCAAUAAAGACGAUCCUUCCACCGUUGAUUAUUGCAGCCCUGAUAAAAUUGAUUCUAUGCACAAAGUCACACUUGAAGUGAAGGGAGAACCACAGAUCAAAAACUUGUCUGAGAAGUUGACAUCUGGUGGGAUCAUUCACAAACUUUGGGUUGAGCAACCUGAAAACAUACCUACUUGCCUUGCCACAAAACCUUACCCUAAGUCAAUUGUAUCUUCGUAUUUUAAGAAGUUGAAACUCUGCAAGUGAUCUCAUAUUUGAUACUACGUUUUUUUUUUCCCUUCCUGAACUAUGGCUGUUUCGAACUUGUUAUUCUUUGCCUUUUCUCCUAAAAUGUUCAACAGCUUCAAUUUGAGCCGGUCAUGUGCGAGGACAUUAACAAUAUAAAGCUGACAAUUUAUUUGACUA